AUGUUCUUCUACUUGCCUGCCAGUAUGGGGUUACCGAAAUCGUGGAAUAUCUUCUGAAUGACGUUGUUGGCUGUGAUCCCAAUAUCAAAGAUGACGAUGGACACACACCACUCUUUCUUGCAAAGAACAAGGAAAUCAUUCUACUCUUGUUGCAACAUGGAGCUACUGCCGAAGAUGUCUAUACCAAUCAUCGCAAAGCUCUUGGUAACGUGUUUUCAAAGGAUCCCCUGAAAAACCCAGUGAAGAUGCUUGUUAUCGGUCAUGGUGGAGAAGGAAAGAGCACUCUCAUUAAAGCAAUGGAACACGAGCCAAAUGCAUUCACAUCUCUAGUCAACAUCUUCGUCUCUCCUAAAGAAGUCGAUGGAGUGAGCAAGAAAACAGCCGGAAUCAUCCCUCAAUUAUUCAAGAGUCGUGUCUUUGGAGAUGUGUUGGUCUACGACUUUGCUGGUCAAGAGGUCUACUACAGCAGCCAUGUUGCCAUUAUCAAGAAUACAGUCGAUACGUGUCCACCCGUUUUUGUCAUGGUAAUCGGUCUCCAGAAUAACGACACCAUCACAGCAACCUCCGUCUCCUAUUGGUUGGGAAUUGUUGCCAACCAGUGUGCCAAUAUGGAGGGCAAAGCACCACUCAUUGUGGUAGGUAGUCAUGCUGAUCUCGUGACAAGCACACAAGUGGAGCAAAAGAAGAAAAUUAUAGUACGAGCCAUUCAAAAGUUUCCAAUGUUUGAUCUUGCUGGUUUUGUUUCAAUGGAUUGUCGCUUUUCAAGUUCUGAUGGCAUGAUGAGAUUUAGGCAUAUUGUUGGAACUAGCUGUGCUUCCAUUCGAGAGCGGUUGUCUGUGAGCCUCAAUGCUCAUAUGUUUCUUGUCCACCUUCUUGACAAGUACUCGGGUGAGAUUGCUGUAACCCUGGAAGAAGUUCAAGGGAAAAUGAAGAUCGAGUUUCUAGAAAAGAUGAAAAAGUUCUUUCUUUCGUGCCUACCAGCAUUCCACGACUUGUUGAGAUCUGUGUUCAACUCAGUGACAAAGGUCAUAUUCUUUUCCUUUGCAAUGCUUCCUUUCCAGAAAAGAGCUUUAUCGUUAUUGACAAAUCGAAACUCUUGGCUGAAGUAA